AACCUCUUGGUUGAAGGUGCCUAAUGUUUUGAUCGUGAUGAUAAAAAUGAAAAUUUUGUUGUUCAUACCGAUAAAAAACGCUGUUGAACAUUUAAAAUACCUUUAAUCACUGUACAUGUUCCGAUUCAUAGAUCAAGACUAGAUUUCUUCAAAGUCUUCGAAGAAUCCAAUCGUGCUGGCUGAGUUUUCAAGGCUGUUAUUAUCCGUUGUUUUCGUUCAGCUGAAGCAAAUUUUUUGAUCAAGAUGGUGUCGGAGGACUUAAGAGACGAGCUUGAUGCCAUAGAAGCUAUCUACCCAGAAUGUUUGACACGAAUGAAUGAGAAUUUGAUAGAUCUGAAGAUACCUCAACAUGAAGAAUAUGUCGUUAGGAUGUCAUUUCCAGAAAAAUACCCAGAGUCUGAGAUCCCACAUAUAUUACAAGUGCGAUCAAAUGGUCAUGACGACCAAUAUCUUGAGACUCUUUUCACCGAAGUAUUAGAAUCUAUCUACACAGAAGGCAAUGUCUGCAUUUUUGACUUUUGUACAGAAUUAGAAGGUAUACUUUAUACAGAAGAAGAACCUGAAGAACCAAUUGUUCAAGAAGAGCCCGAAGAUUUGAAAGUUGAUCUACUAGAAGGUUGGACUGCUUCUGAGCCAGUAUAUGACCGUGGUUCCACUUUCAUGGCUUUCGUGAGAAAAGUCGAUUCAGAAGAUGAGUUGUUUGAAAAACUGGCAUUGUUGAAAUCUGAGAGAAAGGUUUCAAAAGCGAAUCAUAACAUGACAGCUUGGAGAAUCCAAAAUAGUGAUAAUACGAGAGUACAGGAUUGUGAUGACGAUGGUGAAACUGCUGCAGGUGGUCGUUUACUACACUUAUUGACUAUCAUGGAUGUUUGGAACGUGAUAGUGGUUGUAAGUAGGUGGUUUGGUGGUACCCAUAUUGGUCCUGAUAGAUUCAAACAUAUAAACUCUACAGCUAGAGAAGCGAUUGUCAAAGCUGGAUUUGUUGAUGAAAAUGACUCCAAAAAGUCCAAAAAGAAAAAGAAAUAGAUUACAUAGAAAUAAAGAAUUAUGAUAUGCAUUUGGUGAUGAAUCUAUUG